AGUGCGGUCAGAGGUCAGCCCAAAACAUGGCGGCCGCAGAUCUGAAAGUCGCGACGUUCUGUGUUGUCACCGGCGCUAGCAAAGGCCUCGGACAAGCCCUGGCCAUCAACUUGGCUGAAACAGUCGGGGAAGGUUCACUCAUUGUGAUCACGGCAAGGGGGGAGGGCGGCCUGAACGACACCAAGAAGAAAAUCGAGGCGACCGCGCCACAUGUGGAGGUGAAAAUUGUGGCCGGGGACAUAGCUGGGCCUUACAGCGACGAGCUACACAAAAGGAUUUGUGCCGUACCCUCCCCACAGAGUUUCAAACAUGCCAUCAUCGUUCACAACGCUGCUUCGCUAGGUGACGUUUCAAAGCUGACAUCGGAACUAUCCGACCCUAAAGUCAUCACCGACUAUUACCAGAUGAACGUCAGUAGCGUUCUGUGCCUGAACUCCCAGUUCUUUUCUGCCACGGAGUCCAUUGUGCGUAGGACGGUGGUGAACAUCACUUCCCUCUGUGCGCUACAACCCUUCAAGUCUUGGGCACUGUACUGUGGCGGGAAAGCUGCAAGGGACAUGAUAUUCAAGGUACUGGCCCAAGAACAGCCCGACGUCAGAGUCCUCAGCUACGCACCCGGGCCGCUACAGACGGAAAUGGUCGAGGUGGCAGCGCAGAAUACUGCGGACCCAGACAUCCGCGCGUUCUUCGUCGGAUUGUCCAAGAACCGGACAGCGCUGGACCCGGACGAGUCCGCCAAGAAGAUGGUCAAACUUCUCCUGGAGAACAAGUUUGAGAACGGAGCCCAUGUGGACUUUUAUGAUUGAUCAUCGAUAUUUAUUUUUAUUCCCCGAACUUCCAUAUCUGUAUCCGUAUGUGCUAAGGUCCAAGCAGAUAUGGAAAGGCAAAAUGUAACGUUUCUAAAACAGCCGGUUUCUCAUGAAGGCGGUCCUUGAAGCUUGAGAAACGUCAAGAUAUUUUCCUUUUCAUAUCUACUGGGAGAAAAGGAAGUUUUACCAAGUUUUAUCAUAUUGAGUAAUUUUAGUAGACUGGUACUUGUCUUUGUCACUUGAUUGUGGCAUUGAGGUGGCUUUGAUAAAAAGAACGAAAAUGUUAUGUUCUCCGUAGCUGUUUUCAAGAUGCUUUCAACGGCAUGGGAAGAUAUAGCAUUGAUAUAUGAUUUAUUGUAUACUGCAUCAACAUCCAUACUGAAUCUUCUCAUAAGGUCAUAUUCAGUCACUAUAACCUCUUUAUUCUAUAAUCGUUUAUUUCAUUGGGAGCAUUGCUGAUAUCGGGUGCUAUCUUACAUAAAACGUAUUGCGUUCGUUAUUUAUCCGUCUUUUUUUGCACGACUAUAAAAAUCAAUUUGUUUCCUCAUUGUCAGCUCAUUGGUGCCCAGCACCUUAUACACAUGACAGACACAUAUUCUGCAGUAUUUCUAGUUAGAGGGGCAAAACUACCGCUGAAGAUCGCCUACCUAUACUACAACUAUGCAAGGCUAGCCUCGUUUUGAUGCAAUGACCCCGGGUGACCCCACCCAAAAAA